UCCGGCCCAGCUCCCGCCGCCGCCCCUCGCCUCGCCCCCGCCCAGCCGGCCCGGGGGCGCGCAGGGGGCAGGGCGGGCGCCCCGGCGAAGCCCGAGCGACGCGCGCUCGAGGCCCCUUUGUGGACUUCGCGGCCGCCGACAUCUGGGCGCAGCGCGGGCCACCGCUGGCCGCCGCGCCGCCUCUGCGCCUUGGGGACCGUAGGAGGCGCAGCCCAAAGGCCAGGGACUUCGGUUUAGGACCAGCCCCCCGGGAUGCGGUAGCGGCCGCUGUGCGGAGGCCGCCGAGCAGCUGCAGCCGCCGCCGCGCAGAUCCACGCUGGCUCCGUGCGCCAUGGUCACCCACAGCAAGUUUCCCGCCGCCGGGAUGAGCCGCCCCCUGGACACCAGCCUGCGCCUCAAGACCUUCAGCUCCAAGAGCGAGUACCAGCUGGUGGUGAACGCAGUGCGCAAGCUGCAGGAGAGCGGCUUCUACUGGAGCGCCGUGACCGGCGGCGAGGCGAACCUGCUGCUUAGCGCCGAGCCCGCGGGCACCUUCCUCAUCCGCGACAGCUCGGACCAGCGACACUUCUUCACGCUCAGCGUCAAGACCCAGUCGGGGACCAAGAACCUGCGCAUCCAGUGCGAGGGGGGCAGCUUCUCGCUGCAGAGUGACCCCCGCAGCACGCAGCCCGUGCCCCGCUUCGACUGCGUGCUCAAGCUGGUGCAUCACUACAUGCCACCCUCCGGCGCCCCCUCCUUCUCCUCGCCUCCGACUGAACCCUCCUCGUCGCCCUCCUCCGAGGUGCCCGAGCAGCCGCCCGCCCAGCCGCUCCCGGGGGGCCCCCCUAGAAGAGCCUAUUACAUCUACUCCGGGGGCGAGAAGAUCCCUCUGGUGUUGAGCCGGCCCCUCUCCUCCAACGUGGCCACUCUCCAGCAUCUCUGUCGGAAAACAGUCAACGGCCACCUGGACUCCUAUGAGAAAGUCACCCAGCUGCCUGGGCCCAUUCGGGAGUUCCUGGACCAGUACGAUGCCCCACUUUAAGGAGCAAAGGGCAGAGGUCGGGGCGAGGGGCCAGGGUCCCCUCUCCUCCGUGGCACAUGGCACAAGCACAAGAAUCCAGGCGUGAGAGUCCUGUAGCUCUGGGUGAGCCAGGGGACGGACAGGCCCCUCCCUCCGCGCUCCCCCCCACAGCAGAACAGGGCCGUGGGGACCUGGAAGGUGUUUGAGGGGAGGGGGAGAGCCACUCGCGCGCCCCUCCCCCGCUCCAGCUUCUCCGGAGGAGCCGGCGGGCCCAGGGGGACCACAGCAGCCUCCGCAGCGGAUUCUCCUCUCCGCUUCCUCCACCCCCUGCGCUCGCAAACAGGGGACACUGCGGGAGUGCUGAACUCGUGAGAACUGCCGGGAAUCUUCGAACUUUCCAACGGAACGUGCUGGCUCUUUGAUUUGGUUUAAAACAGCUUUCAACCUGAGCAGGUCUUGGGCCUGGAAAAGGGUGGACGAGAGAGAGGGCGCCUCGGGGGCCCGGGGCUGCAGGCUGGCCAGGGACCUGGCCCCUCGCACCCGCCCCGGCCCAGGUGAGGAGGGUGGCGGCGGCAUGCUCCAUCCCUGGCUCUGGGGAGAAGGGCAAGGGGUGACCCCCAAGGGGACCUUUCUGCUCCCCGUCCCCCUCCCCCUUGGGACAGCCACCAAAAAUACAGGUCCCAGAGUCCAUCGAGUGCUGGAGAGCCCAGGGCCCUCCCCUGUUUUAAGGGGGAAGUGGCGUGUGGAGGGGAGAGCGGGCUGGUCCAUUGUUCUUCUUUCCCCACCCAGGCUGUACCUUCCAGCACCUGGGGGGUGGGGAAGAUGGAGGAGAUGAGCCACCUUUGACCCCAGACCCCGGACAGAGAAGAUGGGUGUUCUAUUUUGUGCCUCCUGACUAUGUCUGGCUAGGAGAUUCGCCUUAAAUGCUCCCUAUCCCAUGGAUAGGGACUGGCACACAAGAAGCCACACACUCAGCCAAUCCAGGCCGAGGCCAAGGGGUUCUCGCCGCGGUGGCGCCCACCGGCCACUCACCGUUUGGUGGGGCAGAGAUGAGCGCAGGAAGAUGCCAGCCUAGUUGGUAUUGGCCGGUCAGGGGUGCCGGGGGCCAGAGCAGAGCCACCAGGCCCCAGAGCCCCCAGACCCUGCCCAGCCCUCCCUCCUCACCUCGGGGAGCUGGCAGGAAGUCAGAGGCCCCGUCACCCAGCUGCUCCCGCUCUGCAAUAGCACUGAUCAGUGAAAACCUACAAGAAUGUAGUGGCGAUGGAAUUACCUGGAACUGUUCCUUUUUUGGGGAAAACUAAACAAACAAAAAGGUUUCUGUGUCAGGUAUUGGGCUGGAUGGGGCAGCUGUGUGUUGGGGUGGUUUCUUUUUUUUUCUGUUAUUUUGUUUGGGUUUUGUUUGUGUUUUUUAAUAAUGUUUACAAUCUGCCUCAAUCACUCUGUCUUUUAUAAAGAUUCCACCUCCAGUCCUCUCCCCUCCCCCCCACCCAGGCCCUCGAGGCUGUUAGGAGAUGCUUGAAAAACUCAACGAAAUACCAAUCCAAGUCAAACUUUGCACAUAUUUAUAUUUAUAUUCAAAGAAGAAACAUUUCAGUAAUUUAUAAUAAAGAGCACUAUUUUUUAAUGAA